AGUUGUGAUGAUAACCUUCUCCAAGUUAUUGUUAAAUUAUUGGCACAUUUCUGAGAAUUGUGAAUGACCUUUCAACAAAAGUUUACAGAUAUGUGUCAAAAUUUUUCUAUCUUUUUAAAAUUUUUGUAAUGAAACUGGGACAAGUUCCAAAAUGGCCAUAGGUCUGAAAUAUUUGGCCCUGAGAAACUAAAGAAAAUCUGUGCCAACUCCUGCUCUAAGUUUUUUAGUCAUACUUGGUCUUAGAGGGCUGAUAUUUUCUAUUCCGGAUGAAAGAAGAAUUCUCAGGCAUCUGAUGACCAAAAUAUGGGGAAAAAGUUGUGAUGGUGGUGGUGGAGUGUCUGCUACAGGCAUUUGGGAAACUCACAGAACUCUUAAUAUUCACUUUUAAUUCAUUCCACCAGGGAGGAAGGGCCUGGGUUUCAGAGCCAUUCAUAUAUGGUUUCAAAAUCUGACUUUGGCAUUUAUCUCUGUAAGAACUUGAGAAAUUUACUUAGUCUCUCUGAGCUUUGGUGUUUUCAGAAUGAAGAUGAUACUAACAGUACCUACAUCAUGAGUGUUACUUGAAUGGAGAUGUAUAAAGUGCAUUUUAAAUUCAUUUGGUUCCUUAACAUGUUCCGUUCACUUCUUAUCUUUUCAGAGUUUCUUCUUGAAGGUCUCGAGGUCUGAAGCAUCCCACAGAAUGAUCCUACUGAAUAACUCCCAUAAGCUGCUGGCCCUAUACAAAUCCUUGGCCAGGAACAUCCCUGAGUCCCUGAAGGUGUACGGCUCUGUGUAUCACAUCAAUCACGGGAACCCCUUCAACAUGGAGGUGUUGGUGGACUCCUGGCCCGAAUAUCAGAUGGUUAUUAUCCGGCCUCAAAAACAGGAGAUGACUGACGAUAUGGACUCAUACACAAAUGUGUAUCAUAUGUUCUCCAAAGAGCCUCAAAAAUCACAAGAAGUUUUGAAAAAUUGUGAGAUCAUCAACUGGAAACAGAGAUUCCAAAUCCAAGGUCUUCAGGAAAGUUUAGGUGAGGGGAUAAGAGCAGCUGCAUUUUCAAAGUCAGUGAAGGUAGAGCAUUCGACAGCAGUCCUCUUGGUUACGGAAGAUAUUCUGAAGCUCAAUGCCUCCAAUGAAAGCAAGUUUGGAAGCUGGGCUGAGACAGGCCACCCAGAUGACGACUUUGAAAGUGAAACUCCCAACUUUAAGUAUGCCCAGCUGGCUGUCUCUUAUUCUGGGCUGGUAAAUGACAACUGGAAGCGAGGGAAGAAUGAGAGGAGCCUGCGUUUCAUCAAGCGCUGCAUAGGAGCCCUGCCAGCAGCCUGUAUGCUCGGCCCAGAGGGAGUCCCAGUCUCAUGGGUCACCAUGGACCCUUCUUGUGAAGUAGGAAUGGCCUACAGCAUGGAAAAAUACCGAAGGACAGGCAACAUGGCACGAGUGAUGGUGCGAUACAUGAAAUAUCUGCGUCAGGAGAAUAUUCCAUUUUACCUCUCUGUGCGGGAAGAAAAUGAAUACUCCCGCAGAUUUGUGAGGCAGUUAGGUUUCUUUGAGGCCUCCUGUGAGUGGCACCAAUGGAUUUGCUAUCCACAGAAUCUAGUUCCAUUUUAGACAAUGAGGCUGCUUAGCAAUCUCUGGCAAGCCGUCUCUUAAUAUUAAAGCAGACACCACAGAAUAGCUUUCUUUACUUACAAACGCACAUUGUGCGUUUCUGAUACGGCAGGAACUCUUCUCACAUGGAGCCUUGAUAUUAAAAGACACAGCCGUGCUCUUGAGGAGCUCACAAUCCAGGCUGGAGGCAGGGGAGGGUAUAGUCUUUAUGCUUAAGGGAAUGUUGUAGGGAUUAUGCUUAUGCUUAUGUUGUAGGGAAGGACGGGGUUACCAGUAAACAUGUAACUAGAAAGCCAGGCUCAGUUCUUACCUCUGGGAAUCAGAACUCUUUAUGAAACUUGGUUAAUAGAAUCUACUAUCUGGAAGAUAUAUGAAGGAUUUUAAUAAAAUCAUCAAUAGAAUAUACCUAAUCUAUAUGGAUACUUUAUUGGAAUGAAUAGCCCUGCUAUGUAUGGAUUUAUGAGGCAAUGGUACACUGAAGAAUGGAAUCUGUCUCUUAGUUCAGUGAGUAGAAAUGUAUCAAAGGUGAAGCCUGAGAGGAACAGCUUUCCCAGGCUGUCUUUCAUCAUUGUUAUGCAGAAAAGGAAACCAGAGAAUCAAGUGAUCUGGCCUUGGGGCCUCUGCUAUGGAAAAGACAUUUGUUGUGUCUCCUUUCUCCUACUCUUUCUCACAUCCUCAUCAUGAUUGAAGCGCGUGGCACAGGGCAAGGUGUUGCCUGUGAGUCUGGUUAUAAGUUCAUUCUUUGGUGUUUGCAGCACUGCUAUCAUAAGGGGUCAGGGGCAUUCCGGGGAGAAGUGACCACUAAGGUGAGGAUUGCAGAGUAAGUAGGAGUAAGCCAGACAAAAAAAGCAGAAAAUGCAGAUGACGGAAAGGACACGUGCCAUGCGCUAUCAUAAGAACUUCCUAAUUAAACACUGAUAUUACAAUUCUGAAUCCCUGAUCUUAAAAAAAAAAAAUUGCACUUCACAAUCAAAACUUGGUCUCUUUUGGUUCCACUCUGCCACCCUGCCAUUGGAACUUGGAUUACUGUGAACACUGCAGCUAUAGCAAAAAAAAAAA